AUGAUAAAAAAAUAUACAGCAUUAUUUCCCAAAUCAAGACAAAUUAGAAAAAUUUAUCUUGUAAUACCAAUAUUUUUAACUUUAUUAUUUUUAUUACAUUAUCUUAAUACUUAUGAUCAAGUAAAAGAAUGGACUUUUCAAGUUGUUCAAAAUUCAGGUUUAAAAAUUCCAAUAAGUUUUUAUAAUACUAAAUCUAUAACUAUAUUACCUUCAAAUUUUGAUGAUUCAGUAUAUAUAGAUCAUAAUGUAACAGAUAACAAAAAUGAGGUAAUACAAUUCAAGGGAAAUCCUAAUGCAUUAAGUGAAUAUAUUACAAAUCAAACUUAUAUUGAUCAUCCACUUACAAUUUUUUCAUCAAUUGGAGAAUCAUUUUCUGAAGAAGUUCCACAUAAACAAUUUAAUGAUAAAUGUAAAGAUUUAAGAAUUGAAAAAAAAUUUCAAAUAUCAGAUUCAAUGGAUUUAAAACAAGAUUUUCAAUAUAUUGUUAAAACUUUAUUAAAACAAGUAGAAACUGAAGAAUCAUUUAAAGAACUUUCUGGAUUUUUUCAAGGAAAAUUACCUGAAUAUUUACAAAAUAAUGAAUUAAAUGAACAACAUUUUUAUAAAUUUGCUGGUACUUCAGUAUGGCUUGAAAAAUAUGGUGUUCAUUUAAUGGUUAGUAGAUUUUUAUUUACUCAAACUUCAAGAAAAGCUGAUCCUCAAAUAUCUUUGUUGUAUUCUCAAUUAUAUAAUGAAAAUUGGGAAGAAAUUUUCAAUGUUGAUUUAGUAUUACCAUUUAUAGAUGAAAAUGGGGAUAGAAAAUAUGAAAAUUUGAAGUUUCCAAGAUUCAUGCCUAUUCCAUUUUAUCAUAACCAUAAAAGAACAUCCAAGAGAUGGUAUGGACCAGAAGAUACUAGAUUAUUAUUGAGUAAAAAUGAAUAUGGAGAUGAAGAACCAAUAGUCAUUUUUAAUGCAUUUCAUAGACAAGUUGUUCCCAUGUCAAGUGCACAAUCAUCAAAUGGUAAAAAAAUGCCAACAAAAUUUGGAUUUUAUAGAUCAAUGUUUAUGGGUUAUUUAUUUAGAUAUCAACGUGGUAAAAAAAAUGUUGAUGGAGGAGAUAAAGCAUCUCAAAAGACAAUAUAUAAUAAAGUAGUUGAAUUAAGAAUAAAAGAUAAACCAAGAGAAAAAACUGAAAAAAAUUGGACACCUUUUAUAAAUCCAAGUGAAAGAAAUAUAAAUAAUUUAAAUGGAGGUGAUGAAUUCAUAUAUAUAGUUUAUCAAUGGGAUCAUCUUAAAGUAUUAAAAUGUGAAUUAUCUACUCCAGGAGUAGUAUCAAAUUGUGAAUUUACAUUUCAAGAAAAUGACGCUAAAUCAAAAGUAGGUCCAGUAAGAGGAGGUACAGAAUUAAUACCUAUCAAAACCAAAAACUCCAAAAAAUUAAAACAAGUAUGGAUUGGAUUUUUAAGAGCUCAUUUAAAUAGAUGUGGAUGUGGUAAAGCAAUGUAUAGACCAAAUUUCAUUGUAUUAGUUGAACAAGAUGGGAAAUUUAAAUUAAGUCAUUUAUCAACUUCUAUAUCAUUUAAUAUUCAUGUUGAUGGUUGGAAAUAUGCUGAAAUUCAAUGUGCAAGAAAAGAUCCAAAUGUUUUAAUACCAAAUGGUAUAUCAAUGUAUGAUUACAAAAAUGAUUAUUUAAGUUUAACUUUAUCAACUGCUGAUAAAGAUGAUAAAAUUAUUCAUAUGAAAGGUUUAAAAAAAAUUAUUGAAAAAAAUUUAUAUUUAAAAUGGGAUGGUAAUUUACAUCAAACUCAACCAUCAAAACAAAUUGAAUGUGUACUUGAAAAAUCAAUAGAGUUUUGUAAAGAAUAUGGAUUAGUUCAAGAUCAAUUAGGAAUUUCAGAAAAUGUAAUAAAUAAAUUAAAAGAAGAAGAUAAAAAAAUAAAAGCUUUAAAAGGAUCAAAUGGUAAUUCACAAGAAGGUUCAUCACAAUCACAACCACAACAACAAGAACAACAAGAACAACAAGAACAACAAGAGCAAGAAAAACCGAAAAACGUUGGUGUUGAACCUAUACCUAAUGAAAAACCAGCACCACCAUCUGAAGAAAAUCAACAAGAUGAACAUCCUAAUGAAGAUAAACAAGAUCGACCAAUUAAAGAUCAAUCACAACCACCACCACCACCAAAAGAGAAUAAUGAACAAGUAAAAGACGUUCAACCUGCUGGUAAAUCUUAA